GAAAAUUAUAGUGCAGCGCCUAUCCCACCAAAGCGGUCGUGCGUCGCCCCAGCGGCAAUCGCAACGCCCUGCUGUCGCAAUACUGCCUGCAGCCUACACUCCCACCAUCACAUCCCACCUCAAGGCGGCGCCACUUCUGGCUUGCGACUGCUCCGUGAUAUCCAGCUCGGCGACGAAUCAACGAAUCAACAUAGCCCACCAUGGCGACCCCAAUGAGCGAGGUGGCGACCCCAAUGAGCAUGGCGGCGACCCCGCGGAGCGACUUUGGCUAUAUGAUGUCGGACGCCGCGCCUAGAUCCAGCGGCGCCAGACGGCCAGGCCGCCCUCGCGCCCCGCCCUCAGAAAGCAACGGCCACCCCAGCGACGACGAGGGCGAUGGCUUCGCCGACGAUCAGGUCCCCAACAGGGCUCGCCGGCCGGACCAGGUGAUCCCUAGGGUCGAGGAUCGCGUCGGCCUGGCGAUCCAGGAUCAUUUCCAGAACUUUAUAGAGCAAUUCACCGAGGACCCCUCUUCGUCGGCGCCCACGUCAAGCGCGGUUACAACAAACCAGUACUACGUCGCCCAGGUUCACGGUAUGAGGACAUACCAGCUGUCGACGCUGUACGUCGACUUUAAGCAUAUGGCCUCGUGGCACAACGGCAGCAUGGCCGAAGCCAUCGUACGCGAUUACUACCGCUUUUUACCGUUCCUGACCGCCGGCCUGCACAACAUGAUUGCGAAAUACGAGCCCCAGUACUUCCGCGAGCAUCGCCAGGCCACCACUGCCUCCAGUAACGUCACAACUUCGGGCGCCAGCAACGCUGGUUCUGCUAGCCAAACAGAGCAGGGCUCUAAAACCAGCAACCAGCAGACUGACAAGCUGUUCGGUAUCGCAAUCUACAACCUUCCCCUCGUCAGCCGCGUGCGCUCGCUGCGCGCAAAGAACAUUGGCCAGCUACUCAGUAUAUCUGGCACCGUCACCCGCACGUCCGAGGUCCGCCCGGAGCUCUCACUCGCCACCUUCACCUGCGAAGCCUGCAAGAGCAUCGUGCCAAACGUUGAGCAGACCUUUCGCUACACCGAGCCCACCCAAUGUCCCAACGAAACCUGUCAGAACCGCCUGGCAUGGCAACUCGACAUCCGCCAGAGCACAUUUGUCGACUGGCAGAAGGUUCGGAUCCAAGAAAACAGCAGCGAAAUCCCGACGGGCAGCAUGCCGCGCACCAUGGAUGUCAUUUUGCGUGGCGAGAUCGUCGAGCGGGCAAAGGCAGGCGAGAAGUGCAUAUUCACCGGCGCCCUUAUCGUCGUGCCAGACGUCAGCCAGCUAGGCCUGCCUGGCAUCCGGGCCACCGCAGUCAGGGAUGAUAAGGGCCCGCGCGGUGCGGAUGCCGGGGGCGCGGGUGUGACGGGCCUCAAGGCGCUCGGUGUUCGCGACCUCACCUACCGCCUCGCCUUCCUCGCCUGUAUGGUGAGCCCGGACAGCUCCAAUGCCGGCGGGACGAGCCGCGGUGGCGCAGCCGAGAUCGCCGCCGCGCUGACGCAUGCAUCGUCUUCAGACUCGACCGAGUCACAGGCCGAGGCACAGGAGGCCGUGCUUGCAUCCUUCAGCUCUUCCGAAAUCGAUGACCUGCGUUCCAUGGUGCACAGUGACAAGAUUUACGACCGAAUAGUGCAGUCCAUUGCGCCCACAGUCUACGGCCACAAUGUGGUCAAAAAGGGUCUACUCCUACAGCUCAUGUCGGGUGUCCACAAGACAACGGCUGAGGGGAUGCAACUGCGUGGUGACAUCAACAUCUGUAUCGUGGGCGACCCUUCGACUUCCAAAUCCCAAUUUCUAAAGUACGUGUGCUCAUUUGCGCCGCGUGCCGUCUACACGUCAGGCAAGGCGUCAUCCGCCGCCGGUUUGACGGCUGCCGUGGUCAAGGAUGAGGAGACGGGAGAGUUCACUAUCGAGGCGGGUGCGCUGAUGCUCGCGGAUAACGGUAUUUGCGCCAUCGACGAGUUCGACAAAAUGGACAUCUCGGAUCAGGUGGCCAUUCACGAAGCCAUGGAGCAGCAGACCAUAUCGAUCGCCAAGGCCGGCAUCCAGGCCACGCUCAAUGCGCGCACGUCCAUACUGGCGGCCGCGAACCCCGUAGGAGGGCGGUACAACCGUAAGACGACUCUGCGAGCCAACAUCAACAUGAGCGCACCCAUCAUGUCGCGAUUCGAUCUCUUUUUUGUCGUGCUUGACGAGUGCAACGAGCGCAUCGACCGCAACCUGGCCGAGCACAUCGUGGGGCUGCAUCAGCUGCGCGACGCCGCUAUCGAGCCCGAGUUCAGCACGGAGCAGCUGCAGCGCUACAUCCGCUUCGCGCGUACCUUCCGGCCCGAGUUCACCGACGAUGCCAAGCAGGUGCUCGUGGACCGGUACCGCGAACUCCGGGCCGACGAUUCCCAAGGCGGCGUCGGCAAGAACAGCUACCGCAUUACAGUCCGCCAGCUGGAGAGUAUGAUCCGCCUGAGCGAGGCCAUCGCUAAGGUCAACUGCGUCGAGGAGAUCGCGUCCCACAUGGUUGAUGAGGCGUACAACCUGCUUCGCCAGAGUAUCAUCUCAGUCGAGCACGACGACGUCGAGUUCGAGGACGAUGAGGAGGACAGUCAGGAGACCCUGCGCCGCGCCUCCGAGGCCCAGGGCGGCGGCGACGGCGACGGCGACGGCGACGCCGCCAUGGGAGACGACGCGGCGGCCGCCUCUCAGCAGCUGCAACAGAGCGACGCAGCUGCCGCCGCCGCUGCGGCCAAGCAGGCGACGACCAUCACGCACGAGAAGUGGGCCGCGAUGCUCAACAUAUUCGUGCAGCGCGUGGCCGAGGACGAGGUCAACGGCUCCGGCGAGGGCAUCCCCGGCGACGAGCUUGUGCAGUGGUUCCUGGAGCAGAAGGAGGACGAGUUGGCGAGCGAGGAGGACUACAACAGGGAGAAGAAGCUGGCCACCAUGGUCAUCAAGAAGAUGGUCAAGGAAAACAUCCUCAUGGCCGUCGAAGCACAGACCGCUGACGGCGAGGCUGCCGCUGCCGCUGCGGACGGUGGCGAGAGCUCUUCGGCAGCGCGGGCCGCCAAUGUCGUCUACGUUCUACACCCCAACUGCGCCGUGGAGGAGUUCUAAUCCAGCGUCCCUGGCCUUUUUUUUUAUCGCACCUUUGCUUUUUUGCGGAGUUUUGGGUGCUUUUAUUGACUCGAUAUCACGUUGUUGUUUUUUUCUUUUCUGCCGAUGAGCUUGAUAAGCUAAAGAAAUGAUGAAAAGCCGGUACUGGGCGAGGAGCGGUCAGGUAGUCAUGGCAGCAUGUCGGGUAUUUGUGAUUUGGGUUUCUGCCGUAGGAGCACAAAGCAUCGAUAAGCCAGGGGUUUAGAGAGGGAUCUGUGUCUUAAUUUUGGUAAUUGUUUUGGGUUUCCUGUCUCACAUUUGCAAGCUUGGUCCGUCUUCUUGAUCUGUCCUUCUUAGAAGGCGAGGUGGAAUCACUGUAUUGCGCAUAUUUAUCUCACUUUCCAUCAGUGUUUGAUAGAGUGUUGAAAGCAUUCUCUAUUACCCGAGUCGAUACCAGGUAGAUACCUAGUAAGUACCUACUUACCCACGCUUGGCAAAUAUACAAUGUCACAACUG